GUCGGUGAGUCAGAGCGAGGGGCCGGGAAGCAGAGAGCAGAGGGUCCCGACGCACACACUGGACACACCGUCAGCUGUCCCCCAGCUGGAGCUCGACGGACGCGUCGCGACACUCAGAGCAAAGGCACGAGGCGAGAGUCCACAGGAAUAUUGAUCGGACACAAUUUGGAAGUGAUCGCAUCCUCCACUCCGCGGACCGGACAAAGAAGCUCGGACUGGGGCGCACAGUGUCUGCUUGUGUGUGAGCACGUGCCACUAAUUGCGUACUUGCACCACUGCCGCGUUCCUUCAAGUGAGGAAAACGUCUCGCUGCGUGAGUGCCGGCCUCGUGUGAGGAUGAGGGCCGUCGCUCUGCUGUGUCUCCUGAUGGUCGCGGAGGUCGCAGCCUCCAGGUUCGCCCGCGACUCCGAGGCCGGGCCCGAGGCCUCGGAGCCGUCCAGGAGCAACGCCUCCCUCCCGCUGCCUCCGCCACAGCCGGGCCGAGCGCGGGGCUCCUUCCCCCCCAUGUGCAUAAAUCCCACGGAGAUCAAGCACGCCUUCAAGUACGUGAACACCCUCGUGUCCUGCCUGAUCUUCGUGGUCGGGCUCAUCGGCAACUCGACACUGCUCAGGAUCAUUUAUAAGAACAAGUGCAUGAGGAAUGGGCCAAACGUCCUGAUUGGCAGCCUGGCACUGGGGGACCUGCUGUACAUCAUCAUCGCCAUCCCCAUCAAUGUGUUUAAGCUCAUAGCUGAGGACUGGCCGUUCGGCGUGUACGCCUGCAAGCUGGUGCCGUUCAUCCAGAAAACUUCGGUGGGAAUCACUGUCCUCAGCCUGUGCGCCCUCAGCGUCGACCGCUACCAUGCAGUGACGUCAUGGAGCAGGGUGAAGGGGAUGGGGAUCCCUCUGUGGAAAGCGGUGGAGGUGACCCUGAUCUGGCUGCUGGCCGUGGUGCUGGCAGUGCCCGAGGCACUGGCCUUCGACAUGCUGGAGAUACCGUACAGGGGCAACAAGCUGCGCGUGUGCCUGCUGCACCCAGAACAGACCAUCAGCUUCAUGAAGUUCUACCAGGAUGUGAAAGAUUGGUGGCUGUUUGGUUUCUACUUCUGCUUCCCACUGGCCUGCACAGGAAUCUUCUACACACUCAUGUCCUGUGAGAUGCUCAGUCGUAAAAAAGGCAUGCGCAUCGCCCUCAACGACCACAUGAAGCAGCGGAGGGAAGUGGCGAAGACGGUGUUCUGCUUGGUGUUGAUUUUUGCUCUCUGCUGGCUCCCCCUUCACCUCAGCCGCAUUUUGAAGAAAACUAUUUAUGACCAAAACGACCCCAACCGCUGUGAACUGCUCGGCUUCCUGUUAGUGAUGGAUUACAUCGGCAUCAACAUGGCCUCCCUCAACUCCUGCAUUAACCCGAUCGCCCUUUACUUUGUCAGCCAGAAGUUUAAAAACUGCUUCCAGUCAUGCCUGUGCUGCUGGUGCUACAGAAUGUCUCCCCUGGACGAGCGAGGUUCGGGAGGACGCUGGAAGGGCUCCUGCCACGGGAAUGGACUUGACCGCUCCAGCUCCCGCUCCAGUCAGAAAUACACAAGCUCAUCAUAAACACACACUUACACACACACACGCAUUCUCUCUCUCACACACACACACACACACACACACACACACACACACACUGUGUACCUCCUCUUCGAAUCCAUGUUCCCAUAAGCUGCCGUUACAGAGAAACAGCGUCGCCCCUGCCAUCAGACCGGUGAUCGGAUCUGAGUGAGGAUGGAAAAAAAAAAACGAAAUGAGGCCAAAGUCACUCGUGCGGGACUCACAGCAGACUGAAGGACAUGAACGAUUGGCCCCGAACCGAAGACAUGAAAUGGCAGGAUUGGACCUGUUCACGCUGUAAUUCUUACUGCAGAAACCAUAAUGAAAGCCAAGGCUGCAUACAUCUGCUCCCACACCCAGGCUGAGGAUGGUGUAAUCAGUUUAAGGUCCCUCGGUGGACCAAUUAUGGUAAAUGCAGUUAAAGAGAAUGUUGAUUCAAGCCAGGUGUAUAAUUUAUGUACAGUUUUAUUUACCUGCAGAUUGCGGACAUAUAGAUAUUCCUAGCCUUAGUGCUUCAUGUAUGAAUAAUGGCACUGAUGAGUACUAACUGUUGAAGCUUCUAUACCUCACGGGCAACGAUGGAGGGAAACUGUGACCAGAGGGAUAGGUAGCGAUUGUCUGACAAUCAUGCGGAUGCGCUCACUGCCUGAUGCCAUGUGCCUUGGUUGACAUCACAACCCGAGUGAAAUGGGCCCCACUGUGUCUCUUACAGUAAUGUGGGGAGUCAGAAAUGUUUCAUCUGGGAAUCGUCGCAGUUCGAGUCAUGUGGAGAGCAGCUGUUGUCCGCGAACGCUGACAAACACCAGAUGACUUCCAUCCUGCCGCACAGACGAGGUCGACAUUAGUCCUAUUGUUAUGGUAGCGCUGACGCUGUUGUCAGCGGGUUCCACUGUGUAUAAAGUCCUAACUUUUCUCUUACAAUGUAGCUUCUAUUUUUCUAAGAAAAUAUCACAAAACACAGGAAAGCUUGUAUUUUCGUCUUCCAAACAUGAGGUGUUAGGGAGCGGUCAGGUCACACGUGUGCGUGUUCCUGCGGCUUCACAAAUCCCUCUGACCAUUUCUUCUCAGAGCUGCCUGAGGAACACAUUUUCUACAAUGGACACAUUAUAAGCUUUAGGAAGGAAAAAAAGAAAAGAGAAGACAUUUUGUACUGCUGGAGGUUUUUAAGAAGUGGAUUUUUUUAUCAGAGAUUACGUGACGAUUAUAGGUCAUAUUUAGAAAUAUCUAGUUCUUUCCAUUCGGUAUCGUGACCAAAUGAAAUCCAGGUAGCAUGUGGGAUCUCCAACCGAUGCGGUCGAUCGACGCACGGAGAAUUGUCAUAGAAGACAACAGUGUUGCACUGUGGGAGCUUUGAGGGGCUGGAAGCACUCUGCGGUCACACACUUGUGACAAAUCAUGUGAUGCCAGCAAAUCAAGAAAAUACCGUUUACACAGUUGGUGUCUUUUAAAAAAAAGUCAUUUAUUAGGAAGAAGGAAAAAUAAACAGCAGUGUGUGCGUCAUCGUACAUCAGAGACACUUCUGUAUUCGGUCGCGGUUGCAGUGAUAUCAUAUGGGCCCACUGAUGACACGUGCACCGGACGAAUCCAUUCGGUCUGCUGCAAUUCUACAAGUUCAUAAAUCUCACGCGUAGUGUUUUAUUUUACCAGACUAGUGGGUGAAUGUGUCCUCUUUCAAAACCACAUUUUCCGCUCGGCAACCCGGCUAGUGUUGAAUUACACAAAUAAUAAAUGUGAAUUAUGUACAGUUCAGUUCAUGUUUGGACCAACAAAUAUAUCUCCUUUGCCUGCGUGUUGGAGCGUUUGCGACGGCGCUCAGAUCAGCUGAUCGCGCAGUGUGUUGCGCAUUAAACUCAUCAUAUCUGAUUAGCGACAUCCCGAAGGAGCUGUGUCCUGGAAGGUCUGAGCGGGUCUGCGAGGGACCGACAAGACAUUCAAGAUGAAUUGUGAAUAUUGGCCCCUCGUGUUUUGGAUUACAUCUAUGCCACAGCCCACUUAUUUGUUGGAGAGAAUGCAGUAAUAAAUGUUAUUUUAUAGCC